CAUCCAGCCUCCGCGGCGCUCUCCCCGCAUCGGAGAACUCAGGACUACCCCUUCGGUGAGACGGAUGGAGACCGAGCCCCUCCGAGGACCUGCUCCAGCGGUUCUGGCUCGCGCGGCUCAAGUCAUCACCGUGAACAAGGGACCCUAAAGAAUGGCCGAGCCUUGGGGGAACGAGUUGGCGUCUGCAGCUGCCAGGGGGGACCUAGAGCAACUUACUAGUUUGUUGCAAAAUAAUGUAAACGUCAAUGCACAAAAUGGAUUUGGAAGGACUGCGCUGCAGGUUAUGAAACUUGGAAAUCCUGAGAUUGCCAGGAGACUACUACUUAGAGGUGCUAAUCCCGAUUUGAAAGACCGAACUGGUUUCGCUGUCAUUCAUGAUGCAGCCAGAGCAGGUUUCCUGGACACUUUACAGACUUUGCUGGAGUUCCAAGCUGAUGUUAACAUCGAGGAUAAUGAAGGGAACCUGCCCUUGCACUUGGCUGCCAAAGAAGGCCACCUCCCUGUGGUGGAGUUCCUCAUGAAGCACACAGCCAGCAAAGUGGGGCAUCGGAACCAUAAGGGGGACACCGCCUGCGACUUGGCCAGGCUCUACCGCAGGAAUGAGGUCGUUAGUCUAAUGGAGGGAAACCAGGCGGAGGGAGCUUCAAAUUUGCAAUGAAUAUGGGGAGGGCUCUCCCACACUGCCUUCUAUUUUGUCAGUUAAUUGGUUGCCUGUCCUAUAUUACUUUCACUUGUUAAAAUUCAGUUUUGUCAUAUUUUAAACAGCUAGUUCAAUCUUCACAGGAUGCAAAGUGGAAAUCUUAGUCAGAUUUAUGAAUAUAUUUAAGCAACAUCCUUUUCACUUGCAAAAUCCUGAGUUCUAACACAUAACUGCAAAUAGCUUUGGCUUUCUCCUGAGUAUGUUAUCUUGCCUUGACUUUUUCCUCGCUUCUCCCUUUGUCAGUCUCAAAACCCAACUUAAGAGACUUUGUUUUAAAAAUGUUUUGUCCUGAUACUUCUUUUGCCUAAUUAAAACACUUUUUCAAAACAGGA